GGGCUCGCCCGCGCACCCGACCCACCAUGCCGAGGGGCUUCCUGGUGAAGCGAACCAAGCGCUCGGGCAGCUCCUACCGCUCGCGCCCGGCCGAACCGCUUUUCCCGCCGCCGGGUCCCCGCGCUGCUGCACCGCCCUCGCCCGACGAGCCCGGCCGGGGACUGUCGGGGUCCCCUUGCCUCGCGCCCCCUAAGGCGGUGAGGAGGCUGAGCUUCGCAGACGAGGUGACCACGUCCCCGGUGCUCGGUCUGAAGAUCAAGGAGGAGGAGCCCGGGGCGCCGGCGCGGGCUCUGGGCGGCGUCCGCACGCCGCUGGGGGAGUUCAUCUGCCAGCUGUGCAAGCAGCAGUACGCGGACCCCUUCGCGCUGGCUCAGCACCGCUGCUCCCGCAUCGUGCGCGUCGAGUACCGCUGCCCCGAGUGCGACAAGGUCUUCAGCUGCCCCGCGAACCUCGCCUCCCAUCGCCGCUGGCACAAGCCACGUCCCGCGCCCUCCUGCGCCGCGAGUAAACCUCCCUCCGCGCCGUUGACCCCUCCGGACCCUUCCCUGGCGGCGGGCAAGGAGAACGGCCGCAUGCCGCGGACCGACGAUCAGCACCCGCAGGCCCGGGACAGCUCCGGGGCCGGUCAGCACCGGGACAGCGCCACUCUCGCAGGCCUGCAGGCGCUGGUGCACCCAGAGGCAGCACGACCGCAGGCCCCCUACCCCGAGGUGAUGCUCGGGCGCCGCGGUCCCGGGCCAGGCGGUGCCAGCGCGGGGGCGACACCCGAGGUCUUCGUGUGCCCGUAUUGCCACAAAAAGUUCCGUCGCCAAGCCUAUCUGCGCAAGCACCUGGGCACCCACGAGGCGGGCCCGGCCCGUGCACCAGCCCCGGGCUUCGGCUCGGAGCGCACAGCCCCACUCGCCUUUGCGUGCCCGCUUUGCGGGGCGCACUUCCCGUCCGCGGAUAUCCGAGAGAAGCACCGGCUAUGGCACGCUGUCCGCGAGGAGCUGCUACUGCCCGCCUUGGUCGGGGCUCCCUCGGAAGCGGGCCCUGGAGGGGCGUCCGACGGUAGCACUCAGCAGAUUUUCUCAUGCAAGUACUGCCCAUCCACCUUUUUUAGCUCCCCGGGCCUGACCCGGCACAUCAAUAAGUGUCACCCCUCAGAAAGCCGGCAAGUGCUGCUGUUGCAGAUGCCACUGCGGCCUGGCUGCUGAGGGGACUGAGGCCUGGCGAGAUUUUGAGAAUGGCUUGGAGAAAACAAGAUGGGAACUCCUGUGGGGCUUUCUUCAUCUGGCAAUUUCCUCUUUCCUCCCCAUGCCUUCCCUCUUAAAACUCUCCCGGUCACGAUCCGCCCGGGAGAAGGCAGCGAGAUGUUAAACACCCUCUUUAGAGCAGGUAUGUAUCUGACAUAAAAAUCUAUGGUCAAAACUGACAGCUUGAAGUCCUCAUUUCCCCGCUAAAACAGGACAUCCCUUUCCUUAAAACGCCGGAGACCCCAAUGAAUCCUCAAUGGUUUGUAGUUCCUAUGGAAAGUCGCAGUGAACGCGUGCAAGUCUCAGUGUGUACACCUAAAGUGGUCGUCACCAACGUUUCUCUCUCUUGUCACCUCAGGCACUUAGGUCGUUUCUGUCUCAAUAGGGUCAGAUUUCUUGCCUUGUAUAUUCUGUGAAUCAAGCUAUGUGACUGAUGCCAAACUUGCAGGGAAGGAGGACCUACCCUUGUAGACAGGAGUACAAGAGGAUGUUGCUGUCUGGUGUGAAACUUUCUUUCCUCAUUUGGAUGUAUUAGUUCCUUUUUAAAAUUAGGUUUUGGAGGUGGGGAAGGUGCGGCUUAGUGGGAAGGAGUUGGUGUGCUCUCUGAAUUAUUUACCUGUUUUAUGUGCUGCAUCCAGGAGGAGCUACUUAAUUUUUUUCUUACAUAAUCUUUUUUUUUUUUUUAAAAAUACCAUACUCAUUCCUAAAGUUUGAAUGUUUUAGAAAGAUUUAAUUCCAAUUAUGUAACGAUUAUGCUAUAAAUCUGCUGCAUAUUACAUCAAAAACUGUUCAACUUAAGGAGGAUGUAAUCCACCAUGGAACUGAAUGUUAAUUCACUCAAUAUCCUAUAUUUCUUUGCAGGAGCAAUGUUUGAUUUUUUUUUGUAAAUCAUACUCAGUGUAUAUUCUGUAUCUAUUCCCUCAAUAGCCGGGGUCUGGGACACUGGCUGAGUGUUGUCCAACAAUAGAUUUGUAAGCUGCUUCCGCCAAAUAAAUGUACUAUGUAGACUGUACCUGUUUUCUUCUGUCUUAAGAAGUGGUUGAACACAAUGUAUUUUCAAAAGCACAUCUCUUACCUUCCUAAUACCAGCAUUCAACUUUGGAAUCUUAGGGACCUAUUUUGACAGAACACAAAGGCAGGAGAUAGUAUACCUUGCAGAGGAAUAUAACAGUGCUGAAAUGCAAUGGGAAUUCCUCCUUGGAAGCUGAGCUGCGGACUGCAGCUCCAUGGAGGAGAGAAUAGGACUGUUUUUGUUUUAAGUCUACUCAAUAGUGUU